AAGUGACUUGCAAAAACCAUUUAUAACUCUGCUCCCCUCAUACUGUGCAGCUUGCUUUAUAUUCUCAUCUCCUCCCUCUCCCCACAGUUUGUUUUUAGAGGGAGAAGAAGAGCUCUCUCUCUCUCACAUCUCUCUCUCCUAUAUUUUCUACACACAAGUCCUGUGUAUGUGUGUGUUCAAUUCAUUAACUCUCCCCCAACUCUCAGCCUACCUUGAACAACUUUAGCAACCAAGUAUGAAACUUUAAAGUAAAAAAACAAUCAUCUGCCCAUUUUAACAAAAGGGUCUUUUCAAAAUCCCAACUCUUCUGAAAAAAUGGCAGAAUUGAAAGGAACAAAGAGGAGAUUAUCAAUAAAUCUUUCUUUUUUAUGCCUUAAUGAUCAAACUCAAACCCCACUUAAUUUACCCACAAAAUCAUCCAAGAAAUUUGAAAAUGGACAAGAUGGGGUUGUGGGUCUUGGAAUUGUAGCUGCUAUGACCCAAUUGGAUCAACCCCAAGACCCAUUAAUCUCAACCCGACCCGGGUUCUUGGGUGUUUCCCCAAGAUCCAACCCAAUCCCUAUUUUUGGAAAUAUGGGUGAUUCUAAGCCUGCAGGGUCUAACUUUGAUGAUGAUAUGGAGCUGUCUGAGGAGUAUACUUGUGUUAUAUCUCAUAUUGGGAACAAUUUGGUUAAGAAAAGAGAGUAUUUUGAUGGGAAAUUGACUAAUAAGUGUGAGAGUAUUGUGGCUAAGAAAGGUGGUAGCUAUUGGGUGAGUUCUGGGAUUUUUACGGAGGCCUCGCCGCCUUCGAUGAGUAAUGCUGGUGAAUCUGCAGCUAUGGCUGUGUUUGGGACAGCUGAUUUUCUGAGUUCUUGCUAUCUUUGCAAGAAGAAGCUUCAUGGGCUGGACAUUUUCAUGUAUAGAGGAGAGAAAGCAUUUUGUAGUGCAGAGUGCCGGUACAAGCAGAUAUCCUCCGAUGAGCUCAAGGAGAAACGCAGAUCUGGAGUGAAAAAACAGCAAGAGUACUCUGUUUCACCCUGCUCGGGUUCGAUUCAGUUUUCAUCUGGGGUGGCUGCCGCAUAGAAGCAUCUAAACUCUAAGCAGGGCCGACUAUAAAUAAUAUAAUCAUAUGAAUGGAAUAAAGGAAUGUAGUGAAAGAUUUUGGUCUUUGAGGUGGUACUAAAUGAAAAAAAUAAAAAUAAAAAAAUCGGAGUUGGUGUCACAAUUUUCAAGAGGUUUUGAGCUUUAGCGGAUUGUCUGGCAAUUGGCAUCACAAAAUUUUGAGAGACUCAGAGCUUAGCAGCUUUCCAAAGUUUGUUUGAAACCCAAGAGCCAAGAGAAUAUAUUAUUAUACCCCCCUCUUCUUUUUUGCACAAUUUUUGUUGUUAUCAAGCUGUCCAUAUCUGAUGGGUGCAUACAAUAACUAUAGAAAAAAAAUGUAUUUGGAGAUUUAAUAUAUACAUAUUUAUAUAUGAUUGAUCAAGUAACAUGGAGUGUAGUUUUCCUGUCUA